AUAUUAGCAUAGGUUUAAACACUUUUUAAUAACACAAUGCUUUUUGGAAACAUACGCUGCACAAAAAAUGCAAUUGAUUUGCAAGCUUAGUAUGCGUAGAGUACACGCUGCGAUUGCUGAUAUGUUAUAAGUAGGAUCAAUACGCUAUCAGAAAAACGCCUAAGAUUAUGCAUUGCUCAUUUCGAUAUCCGACAGCAUCCGACGGAAAUAUUUUAGAAAACGAAAAUUCAACAUGCACUUGUUUUGACGUUUCAGUUCGGUUGACAUAAAAAGGCAAAACAUCAAAACAUCCUUUUCUGCAGUUUCACGACCGCUUUAAACUUUUUGUUACAAAUGCCACCUCCAAAAUUAAAGUUGCACAAAAAUAUUGGAAACCUUAAAUCUAUUCCACGGCCCAGCCCAUCAGCGACGAAAGCAUCUUCUGAUGGAAAUGCACCUAAUGCAUCACAAUCCGAGGAAGAUCGGCAAUUCGAACUCGAGCUGUACUGGUGCAUCCAGCAACUGGAAUCAUCUCUCAGCCUACCGAAUAUACGGGAAAACAACAAAAAAAUGGAAGAAACUACCAAACUAAUCAAAACACUGAAAAGCGGAUCUCAACCAAUCAUCCGAAAAAGACAAAUUAUGAGAACCACCUACGGCGACUAUCGGAGUAAAAUGGCCUCCGAAGAGCAAGCGAUGGCUGUAAACCCGGACAAUAUACGGUUUGAGAAACCGAAGGAAAAGCACCCAAAAUACCAUUUUGUGAAGAAAUCUGCAUUUUUAGUCGGAUGUAACAAUUUUCAAUUUAACUUCCCAAUUAAGGGUAGCGAAUCUGAAAAUCCCAAAGCAUCAGAGAUAUCUUCCUCUAGUAAAAAGCAAGGUGGUGCGCAACUUAUACCAACAAAUGGUAAUCAAAUCGUUCCCUCGGAUAAUCUAUUCCGGUUUAAUUUUGAUAUUGAGAGUGAAUAGGAAGGUACGAGCUAUUUGCUAAAAUUGAAAUAAAAAUAAAUCAGCGCAAAUAUGUUGCUGCUGCUGAUGGAGCACCUGAUACACCUAAAA